AGAAGAAGAAGAAGAAGAAGAAGAAGAGGAAGAAGAGGCGACUGAGUCCUGCAGAGAUUCACCCGGAGAUUGAGGCUCCGCGGCGGGCAGCCUGCAGGUCCGCGCCGGGCUCCGGAGGAUGAGCGUCUGAUGUCUGCAGGAUGUCUGCAGGAUGAGCGAGCCGUCCCCUGACCUCUGGGACCCCGGGAGACCUGAAGCCCUGCACAGAGUCCUGCAGGACGUCAAGUCUCCGUGCCUUCAGUCAGUGCUGCAGGGCAAAGAGCCCGAGGAGGAAGAGCCCGAGCUUAAGAGGAGGAAGAUAGACCUCAUCUUCAAGGACGUCCUGAAGCUGAAGGAGGAGGAGGAGGAGGAGGAGGAGGAGGAGGAGGAGGAGCAGUGUGGAGGGAAACACCUCCUUCAGAUCAAGAAGAUUCAGGAGGAAGAGGAGGGGCCGUCCACCUCCAGCUGCUCCAGCUGUGUGAAACUGAGGAAGAGGAUCGUGGAGCUGGAGGAAGAGCUGUCCCAACUCAGAGGAGGGCGGGGGGGCGUUCCAACAUCCUCCACUCAGGAGCCCCCCCACCCCGAGCAGGGCCCCGUAGAGGACUCUACAGGGAUGGAGCGCUCAACGCCCCCUCAGGUGCUGGAUGAAGACGACCCAGACGUGGACUCGGCUGACGACUCGGUCGCGGUGGAUCUUGUGAUUUCCCCCGAGGAUUCGCUGAAGCUUUCCUCGGGGGGAAGCCGUCGGAUCCGCCGCUUCAAACAGGAGUGGCUGAAGAAGUUCUGGUUCCUCCGCUACUCGCCGACCCUCAACGAGAUGUGGUGCCACGUCUGCCGGCAGUACACCGUGCCGUCGUCCCGGACCUCCGCCUUCAUCGUGGGCUCCAAGCAGUUCAAGAUCCACACCAUCAAGCUGCACAGCCAGAGCAACCUGCAUAAGAAGUGCCUGCAGCUGUACAAGCUGCGCAUGCACCCCGAGAAGACGGAGGAGAUGUGCCGGAACAUGACGCUGCUCUUCAAUGCCGCUUAUCACCUGGCCGUGGAGGGCCGGCCCUUCUCAGACCUACGGCCGCUGGCAGAGCUGCUGAAGAGGUGCGAGCUCAAGGUGGUGGAUCAGUACCUGAACGACGGAGACUGUCAGAUCCUCCUGCACCACAUUGCCCGCGCGCUGAAGGAAGACCUGGCCGAGAAGAUGCGCCUGUCUCCUUUCUUGAGCGUCAUCAUGGACGCCCAGAACGACGACCUGUUCUCGGACAUGGUGGCCGUCUACGUGCAGUUCAUCUCCUACGAGGGCUCCCCGAACACGGAGUUCCUGUCCUUGCAGAGACUUGGAAUGCCCAGUGUGGACGGGUACCUGCAGGCGCUGGACCGAGCCUUUGGCGUGCUCGGCCUCAGGUUCCAGGACCUGCUGGUGGUCGGCCUCGGGGUGGACGGCACCAACAUCUCGGCAGGAACGAGAGCCAGCCUCUAUGUGGCGGUGCAGAAGACCUUCCCCUGGAUCCUGUGCCUUCCCAUCAUGAUCCACCGGCCCCACCUGGAGGUUCUGGACGCUAUCAGUGGGAAGGAGCUCUCCUGCCUGGAGGACCUGGAAACCAACCUGAAGCAGCUCCUCAGCUUCUACCGAUACUCCCCCCGCAUGAUGGCUGAGCUGCGGUCCACCGCUCCAACUCUGUCGGAGGAGACGGAGUUCCUGGGAGACAUCAGAGCCAUUCGGUGGAUCAUCGGAGAACCCAACGUCCUGAACGCGCUCAUCAAAGACUACCUGGAGGUGGUUGCGCACCUGAAGGAGAUCAGCAGCCAGACGCAGAGGGCCGACGCCGCCGCCAUCGCCCUCAGCCUGCUCCAGUUCCUCCUGGACUACCAGUCAGUGAAGCUCAUCUACUUCCUCCUGGACAUCAUCGCCGUCCUCUCGCGGUUGGCCUUCACCUUCCAGGGGGAAAACCACUUCCUGGUGUCGCAGGUGGAGGCCAAGAUCGAGGACGCCAUCCUGGAGAUCGGCCAGCUGGUGGACUUCCCCGGAGAGUACCUGCAGGAGUUUGAAGAGAACUUCCGGGAGAGUUUCAACGGUGUCGCUCUGAAGAACCUGCGCGUCGCCGAGUCCAAGUUCCAGUCGAUCCGGGAGAAGAUCUGCAACCGGAGCCAGGGCAUCCUGUCCCAGAGGCUGGACCUGCACAGCCGCCCCUUUGCAAAGGCCUGCAGGGUUCUGGAUCUGAACACCUGGCCGCACAGCCGCGAGGACCUGCAGGCGUACGGGGAGGAGGAGAUCCAGGUGAUACUAGAACACAUGGAGUCCCUCCCCUGCAGAGGUGUGGAGGCACGGGGCAACCUGUUGGGCGAGUGGAAGGACCUGAAAGCAGACUACUUCAGCAUGAACGGCUUCAAGGAGGUUCUGGUUCACGUCUGCAGGUACAGGCAACGCUUCCCUCUCCUGAACCGGGUCCUGCAGGCGGUCCGGGUGCUGCCCGGCUCCACUUCCUGCUGCGAUAAAGGCCGGGCGUCUCUGCAGAAAAUGUGCAAGAACAACCGGUCGCGGCUGAGUCUGGAGCAGAUGAACGACCUGCUGACGGUGGCCGUUAACGGGCCGCCCAUCGCACACUUCGACGGGAAGCGAGCGCUGGACAGCUGGUUCGAGGAGAAGUCCGGCAGCAGCCGCUCUCUGUCGGCCGAGGUGUUGAGCAGGAGGUCCGCCGCGGAGCAGAAGAGCGUCCUGCACAGCGUGGACGUCAACACGGAGUUUUACCCCGACGUCUAACGGUCCGUCUGCAGAUCAGAGAGGCCGGUUGUUAACCCGGAGUUCAGACCCCAAAGAUGUAUGAUAGGAAUGUACAGUAGGGUCUCCAGCUCAUAGAAGCUGCUGGAUGCUAAGUUAGCACAGUUAGCAUAAGUCGCAUUACUUGGCGCAGGGGGGUCCAACCUACCUUGGGCCAUUUUGAAACGGCCCUCGGGUAAUUCAAAUAGUAUAAUGAAGUAUGGCCCACAAAUUAAACUUGUGCUUGUCAUAUAUUGUACUAAUUAAAUAAAUAUGUAGAAAUAUA